AUGAGUGGACGUGUAAGGCCCGACGGUACGGAAAACAAGCCGCUACCUAUAAUGCAAUCAUCCGAUUCACAAAACACUUCCAGCAAUUUGGCGACGGACACAGUAUUAAAUCCAAAAGAGGAAACUAAAGAGACACAAAUUGCAUGGAAGCAAUUAGAUCAAUACAGUUCGAUGACAUACAAAGAACAGCAAGACAUGGAUGGACCAGAGGCCAACGCAUUAUCUCAACCAAUCUCCAUGAGAGCUCGUGGACAGCAUUAUCGUGUAAGAGGUGGUUUUGGGGGACGUCGUCCUCAGCGUGGUUUUUCCGAUUUCGGUAGAUCCCAGACACCAGAUACUGAUGAUAACCGUAACAGUGGGCCUAUACCAUAUCUACAGUACAAUGUUCCAAACAUUUUUGGAAUUAAAAAAGAACAGGAUAAAUAUAUGAGCCGGUUAGGUAAAUCUAAUUCAUUACUUUAUCAAUAUUGGAUCGGCAGAAGGAAUGCGAGAGAGUCUAGAGGGAUUAAACGUAAAGAUUUCGAUGGACAAUUACCCCUCACUGAGCCAAGUCAUCAGGAAGAAAA